AGAACAUAAAUCGUUUAAGGUAUGUAUUAAUUUUUUGUUUUAUCUUUUAGAGACUAAUUAGUUAGAGAUUAAAAAUUUUAAAAGCCUAAUUCUGACUCCACUCUUAAUUGUAAUUCAAGGAAGGUGAGUGUUACAACUUACAAUAGAGGAGUAUGUGUAAUUAGUUAAGUGAGUUAUUGUAACUGAAAAGUGAAGGCAUGGAAUUGAAGCAGCAGCAUAACAAUCUAAACGAACAUGUGCUAUGGAUUCUGGGGAAGUGCAAGAACCUCAACCAUCUCAAGCAGCUUCAAUCCUAUCUCACCGUUCUUGGCCACUCCCAAACCCACUUCUAUGCCUUCAAGCUUCUCCGUUUCUCUGCCCUCACUCUCUCCAAUCUCCCAUACGCUCGCAUCAUCUUCGAUCGCCAACACAACCCCAACAUCUACCUCUACACCGCCAUGAUCACCGCCUACGCCUCCCACUCUCACGGCCAUGCCUCCGCCAUUUCGCUCUUUCGAAAAAUGCUCCUUCAAGGCGCGCCAAAGCCCGAUCAGUUUAUAUACCCGCAUGUUCUCAAAUCUUGCCCUGAGGUUAUGGAGCCACGUGGCACCGACUCCGUGCAUGCCCAGAUUGUGAAAUUUGGUUUUGAGGAGUGGUGUGUUGUGGAAACGGCUCUUGUUGACUCCUACUCGCGGAGUUUGGGUGGUUUGGGGAAUGCGAGGAAGAUGUUCGAUGAAAUGUCUGAGAGGAAUGUGGUGUCGUUUACAGCUAUGGUUUCUGGGUAUGCGAGAGUUGGGGAUGUUGAGAGUGCUUUGAAACUGUUUGGUGAAAUGAAGGAGAGGGAUGUGCCGUCUUGGAGUGCCGUAAUUGCGGGUUGCACUCAAAAUGGCUUUUACUCUGAGGGGAUUAGGUUGUUUAGGGAGAUGGUUGUUCUUGCUAUGGAGGAGAAAUAUGAAAGUAACAGGCCGAAUCAGGUCACUGUGGUUUGCGUGCUCUCUGCUUGUGGCAACACGGGCAUGCUUCAGCUUGGGAAAUGGAUACAUGGUUAUGUUUACAAGAGUGGUUUUGCUAUUGACUCGUUUGUGUUGAAUGCUCUGGUGGAUAUGUAUGGGAAAUGUGGCAACCUCAAGCUGGCAAGGAAGGUUUUUGAUAUGAAUUCUAAGAGAGGCUUAACUUCAUGGAAUUCGAUGAUCAAUUCUCUGGCACUUCAUGGCCAAAGUGACACUGCCAUUGCCAUUUUUGAGCAAAUGGUUGAGAUUGGUGGUGAUGUGAGACCCGAUGAUGUCACCUUCGUUGGUCUGCUAAAUGCUUGUACUCACGGAGGAUUAGUUGAGAAAGGUUAUUACUACUUUGAGUUGAUGGUUCAUGAAUAUGGCAUAGAGCCACAGAUUAAGCAUUACGGCUGCUUGAUAGACCUUCUUGGCCGGGCAGGUCGACUUGAUGAGGCGAUGGAGGUUAUCAGGGGUAUGAGCAUGGAGCCAGAUGAGGUUGUUUGGGGUUCUUUACUUAAUGGAUGUAAGGUUUAUGGCCGCAUGGAUUUAGCAGAGUUAUCAGCUAAAAAAUUAGUUGAGAUUGAUCCAUAUAAUGGUAGCUAUGGUAUAAUGUUGGCUAAUAUAUAUGGGGAGUUAGGAAAAUGGGAUGAAGUCCGAAACAUAAGGAGGACAUUGAAGGAACAGAAAUCUCAUAAGACUCCAGGUUGUAGCUGGAUUGAGGUUGAUGAUCAAAUUUAUCAGUUCUAUUCUCUUGAUCUAUCAAAUCCAAGAGCAGAAGAGAUACAGAGUUUCCUGGAAAGUCUCAUUGGUGUUAGAAAUGAAGUCAAGUCCAAAUUGCAAUCCUUAACCUCAUAGCUUUUCAAAUUUGCCUAGCUAGAUUUGAGAGAGAGAGAGAAUAUAGGCAAUAUAACCAUUCAUUUAAUUUAGAAAAGCCAAUGCUGAACUGAAUAGUCCUGGUAUAUAUGACACAGACAUGGUUAUGCAAAAUUGUUUGGCGCAGUUAUCCUGUGUCUAGGAUCUUCAAGAUUUAUCAAGAGAAAAGAAGAAAAGAACUCUGCAUUAGGUUUGUUCUCUCUGUUAUUACGUUUAGAAUAUUAAAAUAGGAUCUUAGAACAUAAGGGAAAACACUAGAGAGGUGUUGAUGUAGCAUUAGUGUACAGUAUUUCAUCUAGUACUCAUGUCUCUCAGAUGUUCAAUUAAUUCUUUUGGUGGGUGAAUGAUUGGGUUACUAAUUCUUUUGUGACUCUUGUAACACAUACAAUUUGUUGAGAGGAAUUAAAAUUUCACCUUAUUUUUGUCUCA